GUAGCCUACAGAUAUUUCUACAGCAUGGUGAUGAUUUGGACUCAGUUGGGGAUGGUGAGUCAAUGGCCCUGCCCUGAAAUAUCCUUUCUGUUGCACCAUCAAGCCUUCCAGUUGAUGCAUUGACAAGUGUGACUGAGGGCUUUUGUAAUAUCCCCCAGUUCCACCACCUACAUUUGCUCCCAACUGAUGCUGCUGCUGUGGGAGGAUGGGAAGAGUAUUGUGACUCAUAGGUAUGAGCAUGAUUAUGAGAGCUGGGAUGGAUAUUGGGAAGAGGAUGGUUAUGGCUAUAAGGAUGUUGGUGCAAAGAGGAUGUUUGCUGUGGUGGAUACACAUGUAUGGGAGAUGGUUGGGUAUGCUGUUGUUGCAUGCCCACAUAUCCCACAUUGGAUUGGUGGCUAUAACCCCCAUGUGGUUGUGCAUGAUGUGGAUGGGAAGACAAAU